AUGAACGCGGGACCAAUUCAAGAUCGAUUACUAGAGGAAGAUGCCUCAAAAAUAAGCAUCACAUAUUCGCACCUUAUGGAAAUUUCUGCUGCAAAAGAAUCUACAAUCAACAAUAAAACCGGAUGGAUAAAGGAAGAAGCUGACUUCAAAUAUCAAAAACAAAGUCAGCAAGCAAAAUCAGAAAAGCAGUCAAUCACGGAAAAAUCAAAAUGUGGAACAUGCGGUCGAUCAAACCACACACAAAAAGAAUGCCGAUACAAGGACUACAGUUGUAAUAUUUGCAAUAUCAAAGGUCAUUUGGCUCCUAUGUGUAAAAGUAAGAACAAUAAACCAAAGUAUGAUAACCGCUCACACAAUAAAUUUUUAUCCGAAAAUUCUGGUAAUAACACGAAUGAAAAUAUUCAUGAUGACGCAAUCGCGUACAAUUAA